CCGGACGCCAAGAUGGUGAUGGACGUCAUCUCCCGGAUGGAGGACACGGAGCCGUUCAGUGACGAGCUGCUGGCGGCCAUGAACCGGCUCUGGCUGGACGGCGGCGUGCAGGAGUGCUUCGGCAGGUCCAACGAGUACCAGCUGAACGACUCAGCCAAAUAUUUCCUAGAUGACCUAGCGCGCCUGGGUGCCAAGGACUACCAGCCAACUGUGCAAGACAUCCUGCGAACCCGGGUCAAAACGACUGGCAUCGUCGAAGUACACUUCUCCUUCAAAAACCUCAACUUUAAACUGUUCGACGUGGGCGGUCAGCGGUCCGAGCGGAAGAAGUGGAUCCAUUGCUUCGAAGACGUGACGGCCAUCAUCUUCUGCGUGGCCAUGUCCGAGUACGACCAGGUGCUGCACGAGGACGAGAGCACGAAUCGAAUGCAAGAGAGCCUGAAGCUGUUCGACUCCAUUUGCAACAACAAGUGGUUCACCGAUACGUCUAUCAUUCUUUUCCUCAACAAAAAGGACUUGUUCGAGGAAAAGAUCAAGAAAUCGCCGCUCGCCAUUUGCUUUCCCGAAUACCCCGGUGCGCAGGAGUACGGCGAGGCGGCCGCCUACAUCCAGGCGCAGUUCGAAGCCAAGAACAAGUCGACCAACAAGGAGAUCUACUGCCAUAUGACCUGCGCAACGGACACGACCAACAUCCAGUUCGUCUUCGACGCCGUCACGGACGUCAUCAUUGCCAACAACCUGCGCGGCUGCGGUCUCUACUGAGGCCGCUGCGUUAAAGCCGCCAGCGAGCGCGCCAUCUGCUGGACUCUCGAGCAAUAGCGCCCUGCGCGGCUCGCCGCCAGGGGCGCUAGUGUUUGCGGGCGUAGCUCUUCGGACUCAAGCUUGGUUGGCGGUGGACGUGUUGGCGUGCCGGUACUAGUCAUGCCAAUGUGCUUACAUGCUGAUUUAUUUAUGUCUUGAUGACUGUGUGUGUAGGUGUGUGUGUGUGUGUGACUGACUGGCUCAAGCGAAACUUGCGGGCCGUGCUUGCUGGAACGUAACCACUCGGAAGUACUGUGGAGUUUGUCAAAAAAUUGUCCUGCCUGGUCAUCGCCAGGCGGCAGCACGAUGGCAACCAAGUCCGCGCCGCAACGACAGUCGAACAAACCUUGAUCUCUUUAUCAAGGAUAGAGAUUACUGUUACCUUGGACCCAUUUGAAUUGGCACGCAGCCACCGGCUCAACCGACUUGUUUGUUAUUCACCGCGUUAGUUCGAAGGGCUCCCUUCCGUCUGGCACUGCACAAAUGCGGCUGGGCCGGCGGUGCUCCGUUCGGACGCCGCGGUGCUGCCGGCGUCCGGUGGUGGUACCUCACUCCCCGUCUGGUGGCGCCACUGGCACCAUGGCGUUCGGAUCGCGCGCCGACGCGCCGAUUUCGUGUGAAUAAUCCCCUUUUGGGCAGAAAUCGAUUCACUGACAACACACGCCAGCCUCGGGCGAGUUAUCCGCUGCUGAUACCUACAGCUAUCUGAAGAAGCGCACGCCAAAUAGACUAGUUCUGCGUUCUGGUUGGCUGUUGUCGAACCAUCUGCAGUUUGCAAACACUGUCGCCUUCCUAAAUUCACGUGAAUACUGCACUGACGUGUCAAGAGAGCCGAUCAAAAGAGCUAGUCCGGAAUGAAUGGCAAGAAAUUUAGAUUGCCUCUUCCCUUGAACAUUGAUUUGUGCCUGUUGACGCGGGAUUAGGUAAGUAAUCCCGCCAGUGAUGAAAGCGCAGUUUGUGGUCGGAGAAACUCUGUGUGGCUGUUUGUGUGUAUUAUAGUAUAUGAAUAGAUUGUUACAUGCAAUCGUUAAGAACAAAUUACCAUCAGUACCUACCUGUGCUUGCUGUUAUCGCGUCAUGGCUGGUGCACCUUUCAAAACGUGAUCAUUAUUUAUCGGUUUUGUGCGCUUGGUUUUGCUGACUUUAAGCUGCGGGGAUAACAGGGCAUAAAAAAGCAAGCAAAAAACUGCCCAUGACAUUCUUCACACAAGCAAAGUGCAGAAACAUUGUCAGCGACAGAUCAUCAUUGUCCUAUAUGACCUUGUGCUACCGAGCGGCUUCAAUUGUCUGGCAGAAGCGCGCACUCGGCACGUUCACGCGCACGCGGUGUGAUGCGCCUACACCUGCACAUGGUGCCAACCAGCACGUCACGGGGUGACGCUGGACUCGCAGAACUUUUGCAGCUGCCAGGUGGCUGCGAGGUAUGCUCGCCUAUUUGUUCGAUCUAUUUCGAGCGCGUGCGCCGUGCUUUCUCCAGCUGUUCUUGGUUUUCAUAUGGUGUAUAAACGAUACAUGUUUGUCAGACGACA